AUGUUUGUGUUUUUUAUAUUUAUUAUAUAUAUCGCAUUGGUAAUUGAUGGUUUUGUACUGGAAUCUAGAGUUGGAAAUUUUACACCGACACACAUUAAUAAGGAAUUAAAAUUACCAAAUUAUACACAAAAACUUGUUUUAUUGUAUAGUAAAAAUGAUGAAAAUAAGUUGGAAUCCAAUAAAGAAACAGAAAAUAAUAAGGAAUUGGAAUCCAAGGAUGAAUUGGAAAAUAAUAAAGAAUUAAAACAUAAUAAAGAAUUAAAAAAGAGUAAAAAUGAUGAAUAUGAAUUAGUGGAAUUUAUAAAAACAACACCUAGUGGAGAUGAAGGCCAAGAGACGAAAUUUAUGGUAUCCAGAAGGCUAUGGAAACUCCUAACAGCACUUUUAGCAUACAGAAGCAAAUUUGGAGAUUACAAAAUUGAAAGUGAUUUCGAGUUCAAAAAGUCCGAAAAGGAUCAUUUAUCAGGGUAUAAACUUGGAAAAAAUCUAGGACAUUUGAUCCGCCUAAUUAACCUACAGCAAAAAGGUUCAAGCUACAUUAAAAUCUAUAGAGAAAAGUUAAGGAGAAAGAAUAGGGACUUUUUAGACUCUGAUUUACUUGAAGCGCCAAAAUUACUAUGGCUCUUAGGUUUCUCGACGAGAAGUUACGUCCAGGAAAGUAAAUUUCGACAAAAACUAACAGGAAGAGAUAACCUUAUUACGUCUAAAGCGUCAAGAUUGUCAUCAGUUAACAGGACACAUUUAAAGGAUGGUGAUUAUGAUUCCAUAUCUCCAGACAACAUUGAGCGUAUCACUAAGGUGAAGAAGAUAGUGCUGGAGAAUAUGUUGCUGAAUAAACAGCGUAUGAGGGAACAGAUGCCGUUUAAGUACCCUCAAAUUCUUCCUGAACCUACCAAUAAAGCUAUACCAAAGCCUGAUAUACUAAGGAAAAUAGUAAACGAAAUCCUAGACAAAAACAGAGCUACAUGUCCACUCAUUAAACGAGAUACUAGAGCUGAAACUGAAGGAGCAUAUCAUUACGCAUUUUUUCAUUGGACAUUUGAACAAGUUUUACAAGCACUCGUUCUUUUCAAUGAUAUGUAUUAUGAUUAUAAUAAGGAGUUGUUGAUAAAGAGUGAGAGUACUGGAGAAGAGUUUAAUCCUAUAACAUUUAAUACUUUAAAGAGUGGUUUUAGGGUUCCUGAGAAUGAAAAUUGGCCUCCUGAACUCCAUGGAAUGCCCUUGGGUCUUUUUGUGGAAAAGUUCAGAGUAGGUGAUAUUGACGCUAAGGAGCAUUGGCUUCGAAGACCAAUUCUGGACCAUAUUGGAUUCAACUGGGGAGAUGGCAUCAAUUACCUAACCUUCACUUGGGAUAAGCUUGAAAAGGGGUUGAUUUGGUACAUUAACUUCAGAGGUUUCCCAAUCAAGAGUAUGGGUCCGGAUUUACUCAUACCCAAAACUACAACAGUAGCCAAAUUCUACAAGCCAGAAGAAAUACAAGGGAUGAAGAUAGGAAGAUUAGUUUACAUGGCACUGAACCAGAUUCAGAUGAUUAAGCGGUUUCAUAGGCAUAGAUACAACUUUUUGGACCGAAUGGGCCUUGUUCUAAUUCCGAAUCCUGAACUUGAUAUCGGAUACAAACCAGUUCCACACAUUAAAUUUAAUAAAUACAGAAGUCAUCUCAUGGUAUCUCCAGAUAAAAAAUACCUUUUCGAUGAUGUUAAUGAACCACCAGACUACUUAAAAGAUAGCGUCACUAAAGUAUUAGAUAAAAAUUACGAAUGUCCUAUCUAA